AUGACUAAAGAAAAAAAGGAUAUUAAAAGAUUAGCUGUUGAAUUCACCAAACAUAUUAAUCAGGAUGAAGCUAAAGCAGGAAUAUUCGCCCCAAAAAUUCUUUUGGAAACGUUGUGUUUAUGGCCGGAUUCAACGAGCCUAAAAAUUCGUUUCGCAAAUUAUUUUGUUUUUUUUAAUCUAUUCGUUAUUGAGUGUUUUCAUACUUAUUACGCUAUGUUAAAUUACUCUGAAAAUGCCGUAAGCUCUAUGACAACAUUGAUAACCGUCACAACCACUUUAGAAUCUCUUGUAAGAAUUUAUUGUUUGAUGUUUAAAAAAGACAUCAUCAACGAUAUUUUGUAUAAAAUUUGGAAACAUUUUUGGGCUGUUAAUAUAACAAAUCCGCGUACCCAACUCAAUAUCAAAGAAAAAGUUUUCACGAGUACGUUUUUAGCGGGAAUUUUCUUUUUGUGCUCCGUCCUUUGCAAUCUGCAAAUUACGGGAAUACCAUUUAUUAGGCAGCAUUCGUUAAUAUUAAAUUCAGAAUAUCCUUAUAUCAGUUGGAAUCAAACUUACGUAUAUGAAAUUUUAUAUACAUGGCAAUACCUUUUCGAUUGGUAUAUUUUAUUGUCAGUGUGUAGUUUCGAUUUACUUUUUUUCCCUUUGGUAAUGAUCUGCGCGAUGCAAUUUUGUGUAAUACAAGAUGUGUUUCAAAAUAUUUUCACUGAAUCUUCCGUGAGACAGAGAAAAUUGAUUUUUGAAAAAGAAAAUAUUUCCGAUAAGGGAUUGGUAUUGAAAUGUUUGGAACAACACAAAUUAUUAUUAAAAUUAUGUACAAACUUGGAAAAUUCGUUCAACAUCGUCAUUUUAAUUCAAUACAUGACGAGUACAAUGUCGAUUUGUUCGAGUGCUUUAGUUUUGAGAUUAGAUAGAAACCAAUUCUCAAAAAUGAUAAUGUAUUCGGUUGCCCAUCUCAUCCAGUUGUUCUGUUACUGUUUCGUUGGACAAGAACUAACAUAUCAAAGCACACUUUUAUCUGAUAAAAUUUUUAGUUGCAAUUGGUGUUCACGUUUCGAUCAAGAUUUUCGUAAAACGAUGAUUAUGAUGAUACAAAGAAGUCAUCGCCAGUGUGUUUUAACAGCUGUCGGUGUAACAAAUUUGGAUUUCGCGGGGUUUAUAAAAGUUUUGAGAAUAUCUUUCUCAUUUUAUACACUUUUUGAUUCGUUAAUGACUCGAAGAGGACUUUAAGGAUUACUUUAUGAUGACACUCAUCCUGUAUACAGAUUUCAAGUUACUAUAAAGCCUAUUUUAGUAACAUUUGAUUACUACAGAUUGAUUAAUACAGCGUUAAUUUUGAUUCUU